UGAGGGCUGUCAUCGAGGCAAUUCACGCAGCGCCUGUUCGCUCUGUGCUUUAUGUUGCAGGCGGGGCAUCCCAGGCUCUUGGAUGGCUCCUGUCAGUGCCAGGUGCAUCGCACUGUUUGCUGGAGGCAGUGGUUCCCUAUUCUCAAAGAUCAAUGGCUCAACUUUUGGGAAAGGUAUAAGGGUUGCUGGUGUUGGUUGCACUUGUGCGAUUGCCUCCAAGCCACUACGACAUGGCGAGCACAGGUGUUUUAUCACGACAAGGCGACAAGAAGAGCUGCGGACAUACAGCUUAUUGCUGGACAAGGGUGCCCGUGAUCGGUAUGCUGAAGACCAAAUAACAAGUCAGCUGUUCACACAGUCUUUGGCAGAUACAUUCGGUGUCCAGGUGCGUGGUUCUCUGUUCAAUCUUACAGAGAAGGACGCUCUUCAUUCCGAAGUGAAGACAUUCACUGAAGAGCAGCAGCUCGCACAACUACUCGAUGGGGAAAUCCCCAUGGUGGUCUUCCCUUCUGAACGAGGGUCGUGCAGCGGCCGGCGUAUCGUGCUUCCGGGGUCGUUCAACCCUCUCCACGAAGGUCAUCUUCAAUUGAUGGAGGCAGCUUGUGGGCUUGUUCGUGAUAGCGUACCUUGCUUUGAGAUAUCCGCCAUCAACGCUGACAAGCCUCCUCUUCAGGUUGCGGACAUCAUGAAGAGAGUUGAGCAAUUCAAGGAGAGGGUACUCUGUGGGGUAUUGUCGUGCUAUGAGUGGCACUGGGACUUCCUUUGUCAGUGUCCCAGUGGGAUCAGUGGAACUGAUGGGGCUAGAGGGACCAGUGUGGGCAGUGGGACAAGCGCGGCCAGUGACAGCAUGGGACUAGUGGGAUCAGUGUGUCCCAGUGAAAUCAGUGGAACCAGUGGGGGACAGAGCAGUGGGACCAGUGGGGCAAGUGGGACCAUGGGACUCGUGAGACCAGUGGGGCCAGUUGGAAUGUGAUGUUCGACGACGAUGUGUCAGUGAGACACUGACCUGUGAAGACAGAGUAAGAUUGUCAGCCAGACAAUGUUCGUCAGUAUGUUGCGCGUGCAUCUCUGCCACACCAGUGGGGUGUUUGUGAAGCAUAGCAUCACAACUCCCCUCCACAAUGUCCAUGGUCUUUGUGUGAAUGAAGUGCAAAGCAUAGC